AUGAGUUCAGGUUCAUUACUUACACACAAGGUCACCACCACAAUUGCAUUGGUUUUAGCAAUUUAUGGGAAUUUUAAAUAUGCCUUGGUUGUCUUUAUAUAUUGGGCUUUCUUACAUAUCUUACAAAUUAGUUUUGUUGCUCAAUAUUUCUUCCCAGAAGAUCAACCAACUGAAAGAACUGGUAGUGAAACAUUAGGUAAUAUUUUACAAGGGGGUCAACCAACUCGUUUACAAGUUGCUGAUAGUGUCGGAUGGCAUUUCACUGUUUUCAACAUUCUACAAUUUGUUUGGACAUUGUUGUUUGUUAAUGGUCAUUAUAUUUGGUCAGAAUUAUUUGCAAUUUUAAAUUUCUUCAAUAUUUUAACUUUAUACGUUGCUCAUAAAACUUAUUCAAUCAAGAAUUUAAGAAACUAUACUUUAAUUCAUUUUUCAACAGCUGCUUUACCUUUUAGUUGGUUAUUAUAUAUAAUUUUCUGGAAUGGUGCUGUUGUUGUUGGAUCAAAUAGUCUUGCUGCUCGUAUUGUUGCAAAUGUCUUUAUUUGGGAUUUCUUAUUGGUUCCUAGUUUUGCAUUGAUCAUUUAUCGUGAUUGGGCUAUUGGUUUGAGUUCUGCAGCUUUACAAUUGGCUUUAGGUUUGGGUCAAUUGUUUACUAAAGUUUUUGCUCUUCAAUGGAUCUUUGCAUUCAUUAUUGCUGGUUUGUUAUUCUUAUUCUCAGUUGCAGUAUUGAGUGCUGAAUUGAAAGAAGGUGAUCGUACCGAUAACUCAACAGACGCAGAAAAUGCUCCUUUGGUUAAUAACUAA